UGUCAUAUGACGCGACUGGCAUAUGACAUUCCCAACAUGAUUCAUUUUUGAAAGAAGGGUGAUGCUAGCCCCUCUGGCUUCCAACUAAAGACAAACUGACACACAUUCUAUUGUAUAGAUGUACAUGUAUACCAGUUAAAUGCUGUGAUGAAUUGGUUUACGCAUUGAUGCGUGAUUGCUGCGUAGCGUCGUUUGCAUUCGUGCCUGUUUUGCAUAUAUUUGAUUGUUGCAGAUUAUAUGUAAUGUUGCAACUGUCUCAAUCGUCUUUGGUGGGCUAAUAUGUGGGUAUUAUUUAUAAUAAUAAGUUUUUAUCGGAUUUUAGAUUCUUUGUCUCCAUUUAUCUCCGGAAACAACUAUGCCUUAGUGAGGUAUCCACCCACGCAACUGAUUCCCACAGACAUUCAAAUCAGGGUUAUUGUGUAGGCCUACCCACUAGCUCUCACUAUGGGUUCCCACAGGUACUUAAACCAGUGGUUCUCUCGGGUUACAGGGUAGGCCUGCCCAUCCUCAAUAUAGGUUCCCACAGGUACUCGAACCUGGGGCCCAGAGCACCUGCCUCAUCCCACCACUACAAGUUGUUUAUCGUUACUACGCUCCUUCGUCCUCCACACUCACACACAUACACACACAUCCACACCCACUUACACACACAUACACACAUCCACACCCACUCAUACAUACUCAUCCAGACACGCUCUCACACCAGCCAUCUGGCUAUAUAAGGAAGAGCGCCUCCGUCCUGCCUCCUGCACUCCACGCAAGAAUGAAGCUGUUCUAUUUAACUGCUGUGGUAGUGACCUGCAGCGCCUCCUCACCCAUGGACGGGCCUGCAACCUGCCCCGUCCGUCAUCACACCUCCCACGUCUCGCCGAUCCUUCAUGACUACCACAACCCGACUACGGAUGACGUGCAGUUCCGCCUCUAUACUAGAGCGACGCAGAGCGGUCCACCGGAGAUACUGACGGCGGGGAACGUGAGCUCGCUCUUACACUCGCACUUCCGAGGUGACCUUCCGGUGAGCGUCCUUGUACACGGCUACCUCGAGACUGCCGACAAUUCUCCCUGGAUGCUGGAGACUAAAAACGCGCUCCUGACCAGGGCGGAAAUGAAUGUGGUUGUGGUGCAGUGGGCGGUACUGGCCGACGGUCUUAACUACUUCACCGCUGCCCACAACACGUUCUUCGUGGGCGGCGUCAUAGCUGACCUUCUUCGCUUUCUCCAGGACCAAACGGAAGUUUCCCCCAAGCUGAAGGUUCACCUGAUUGGCUUCAGCUUGGGUGCACAGGUGUGCGGGGUGGCCGGUCACCUGUUCCCUGGCGUGGCCAGGAUCACAGGUCUGGAUCCCGCCGGCCCAGCCUUUGAGUCGGCGACCUUGGAGAAGCGGCUAGACCCCUCCGACGCCGACUUCGUCGACGUCAUCCACACCAACGCCGGCAGACUGAUCACAGUUCACUUCGGGUUCCUGGAGCCAGCUGGCCACGUGGACAUGUACAUGAACGGAGGAAGCUCUCAGUACGGCUGUCCCAGCUUCAUCACGCCUUGUGUUGUGGAUCUUCUCAAACUCAAACCCAAAGACAUCAUUGUGUGCAGCCACGACCGUUCCCACGAGUACUUCCGAGAGUCCCUGACGACCGGGGAGCCCUCCUACGGCUUCUCCUGCCUUGACUACAAAACUUUCGAGGCUGGGCUGUGCUUCUCCAACCCCAAGGCGGCGCUGGGCUACGACGUCGACAUCAACACCACCGGAGUCUUUUAUCUCGACACUCAGGGUGAGUCGAGGUUCCUCUCCCGCCACGUGAAGGUGGCGCUGGAAGUGGGCCUCGGAGAGCCGGCCUACCACGGGUCACUCUACCUGCAGACGAUGCUUCCUGGCAGGGUCACAAGGAAGGUGGAGAUGCUCAGCGGGUGGUGGCCAAGCCUGGAGCCCGGAGAGGCCCACCAGACCUCACUGGCGGCGCCUGUAGGGACAAACUUAGGAAAGCUGGACAUCCAGUUUCUGUUCCACAAGAACCUUCUGUUUACCUCUCCCAAACGCAUCAAGCUCCGGAGAAUAGAGGCACUGGACACUUAUACAGGGAAAACAUACUGCUUGGCGGACAGCUUGGUACUGGAGAGCGGGACACCUCACACCCUCCAGCCAGUUCCUGGACCAUGCUCAUGACCAUCGUAGGCAAACGAGGAGCGAGACUGGUAGAAAUGCUAUAAAAACAGAACAAUGAGAAAAGGAUUGGCUUCACCCAUAUUAAUUACUAACAUUCCUGUAAUAUGAAUUUAAAGAAUGAGCACAUAUACGUUCGUCGUUGAACUUCCAUCUGAAAAUAGUUAGCCAUAAAAAAUUUUCAUUUUCUAUCACAUCAAAUGCUCUUAUAGAAAAUGUAAUCAAUCGUCGAAUAAUGGAAGGAACUAUAACUAUUCUAAUCAAUAAGGACCUAGGUUAUUGUUUAACAGGCGACUAUGACAGAUUCUGUUUUCGUCAUGUGUUAAGUCUUUUAAAGAAGUAACUGAAGGAAGCUUUAUAGUGCUUUUCAUACUUCUGCAGCAGUGAAAUGUGGAAGUUUUUCCCACUUCUGCAGUGGGAGUUUAAUUAUAUUGGGCUCUCAGACCUACCGUAGUGACCGGAGGACUCCAUGUGGUGGUCUCCGUACCACAGUAACUGGAGGAGGUUAAGUGAACUCUCCGGCGGCCAGAUCUCAUCAUUUACCUCUAAUGCUAUAGCUAAGAAUAUUAAUUUAUGCACUGUAUAAAUAUUUUAGCAUGAGGUUAUAAUGUUCAAAACAUUCAAUGAAUCCAAACUGCAAUUACGUAAUCGAUUUUGGUGAUUGUGUUUUGCUUACUUAUAUAAAUGAUACAUUAUAUAAAGUGGGUAAUAUUGGUCUUUCAUCAAGCAUAAACCAUAAUGACUUACCUGAAUGUUAUCGGAGCUUUUUGGUAAGAAAUGUCAACACGGCACUGAACUGUUCAUAACCUAUUUGGUCAAAGUAAUCCACAAUCUAUCUAUUAUAGAUUACUUUGACUGUCACAGCCCAAGUGGCUCGUAACUGUAUGAUUCUUGGUACAAUAGACAUGUAAUGUUAA